GAGACAGCAGCGUCUUGAAGCAGAAGGGCAGGAUCUGACUGGGUCUAGAGUGGAGUGGAGUAAACGCAGACUGGCCCUCCCCCCCCCACCGUAUGAGUUCAACCUGCCACAGACACAGACACCCACUGAGGAGCCCCCGCUUCCCCUUCCCUCACAGAGAGUCUACAUGUUUGAGGAGUGGACAUGUUCAGCUUUGUGGAUGUAGGGCUGUUGAUCUCAGCCGCAGUGAUUUUGGUGCGAGCGCAAGAUGACUUUGGCUCCUGUGAGUUGGACGGCCAGAUAUACAACGACAGGGACGUCUGGAAGCCUGAGCCCUGUAGAAUCUGUGUGUGCGACGAAGGAACUGUGUUGUGCGACGAAGUGCUCUGUGACGACACGGCUGGCUGCCCAGACGCAGAGAUCCCUUUAGGCGAAUGCUGCCCCAUCUGCCCCAACGGUCCUGAAAUCCCAGGGAAUAAAAAUGGAAAUGGGAUUAAACCACCUCCUAUUGACCCAGUGAUAAAACCAGGACCCAAAGGUGGUCCAGGUUCCCCUGGGGGUCCUGGUUAUGAUGGCCCCCCCGGCCCACCUGGCCCCCCGGGCCCCCAGGCUACCCAGGACCCGCUGGAGACAUCUUUGAUGACAAGUAUUCUCCCCAGUAUAAGUUCAGUGACUACGGCGGCGGAGAUGGGAAAUAUGGAGGCGGAAAUGGGAAGUAUGGGGGAGGAAAGGGUGGCGGUGUUGGUCCUCCUGGUCCCCGAGGUCCUGAUGGACCGCCUGGCCAACUUGGUCGUCGAGGUCCUCCCGGGCCAAUGGACCUUCUGGCGAGCCGGGGGAAUCUGGCACUCCUGGUUCUAUGGGUCCAGCGGGUCUCCCUGGUGCGAACGGAAGGAAUGGGGUUUGUCUGGGAAAGUUGGUCGCCAGGGUGACCGGGGUUCUCAAGGUCCCCAGGGUGAGCGAGGACCCAACGGACUCUCAGGCGGACCUGGUAUGAAGGGAUACAACGGCUUCAAUGGUCGACCCGGAGCAAGAGGAGACCCUGGGCCUCCUGGACCUACGGUGAAGCCUGGCGAACUCAUUAGGAACAUGGUGAACUUGGACCUGUUGGGAAAGAUGGGCGUCCAGGGUGAGAGGGGCUCUAAGGCGGUCGUGGGCCUAAUGGACCGGACGGUCUACAGGGAGAUCAGGGUGAAGAUGGACCAGAGGGACUCUCGGGACCUCGAGGUCCCGCAGGAGGUGACGGAACCCCGGGGGGUAAAGGAGACAAUGGUCAUCAAGGAAUUAGCGGAGCCCCAGGUAUGGCGGGUGCGCGGGGCCCACCAGGACCCCCAGGCAACAUUGGGGGCCAUGGACCCAGGGGAACCCCGGGUAACCCUGGUCCUGCUGGGAGAAAAGGGAGAACCUGGAGUGAAGGGAGAGCCAGGUCUAAUUGGUCAACGUGGUUUGCCCGGUGCUGGUGGUGGUGGUGGAACGAAGGGUCUUCCUGGUCCAGAUGGUUUGCGAGGCCCAAAUGGAGAGGCUGGUCCGAAGGGUGAGCCUGGUAUUGAUGGAGGGCCAGGAAAGAAGGGUGACAGGGGUCCCACUGGUGAGCCAGGCUCUUCUGGAAAAGAUGGCAAUAGAGGCCCAUCGGGUUUACCGGGACACGACGGGUCCCAGGGACUUCCAGGAGGUCCCGGAUCCAGAGGCCUAGUAGGACCCCAAGGACUUCCAGGAUUCCCAGGAGACAAAGGUAUCCCAGGGCCUUCUGGCGAGAAGGGACCCGUUGGAGAACCGGCUGAAGAUGGAACCCCAGGGCCGAAGGGAGACCCUGGACCCCAGGGCCUCAAUGGAGGCAUGGGUCCUAUGGGGACUCGCGGCAGCACAGGAACAAAAGGAAAGAGUGGACCAGUGGGUCCUCCUGGAGGUGUUGGACCCAAUGGACACCAAGGACCAAAGGGUGAAAGAGGACCUCAAGGAGAAGACGGUAUCACCGGUCCAGAUGGACCUCUCGGGUUGUCAGGACCUGACGGUAAUCCGGGUAAAAAAGGAACCACGGGGGGUCAAGGCCCACCUGGAGGACCAGGUACCCAGGGUCUGAGGGGGUCGCAGGGAGGUCUGGGUGAGCGUGGAACUGAUGGUUGGCGUGGUCCCAGUGGUGAAAAAGGGGAGCCUGGAGGAACAGGCUUGGAUGGCGGCCCUGGCAAGGACGGACUUCCUGGGUUCAGUGGCCCGUUAGGACCUCCAGGCCCGGCCGGCAUUGGUGGGGAGAAGGGAGACGCCGGUCCUCCGGGUCCUUCUGGUCCUCCCGGGUCCCGUGGUGAAUAUGGUCAGCAGGGAGAUUCCGGUCCUCCUGGUCCUCCUGGAAUGCAUGGAACUCCAGGAAACAAUGGUCUACUUGGUGGGAUAGGUGCGAACGGCGACUUAGGACGAAAGGGCGAUCGUGGACCUUCUGGACCUACAGGUGUCAAAGGAGGCGUUGGCCGUCAGGGUCCUCAUGGUCAAGCUGGACAAAGAGGCCCUUCAGGUGCUCCAGGCAAUCAGGGCCCAUCAGGAGCGCCUGGACAUCUGGGCGCUGUGGGACCAGCUGGCGCUACUGGAGAGGAUGGACCAGAGGGUGGCCCAGGGCCUGCUGGGAAACUGGGUCCAAUAGGUUACCGUGGGAACCGUGGGCCUCCUGGUGGUCCGGGCUCAAGCGGUGAUCCUGGCCUGGCGGGCCCACCGGGACCAGCUGGAGAUCACGGUAAAGAGGGUCCAGCGGGUUCCCCAGGUUCCAUGGGGCCUUCUGGAAUAACAGGAGGUCAUGGAGGCGUUGGUGAAUCUGGCCCAAGAGGUAUCCCUGGUAAUCCUGGCGAGGCUGGACCACCUGGAGGACCAGGGGGAGUUGGACCGAAAGGGGGCCCAGGGGAGAGAGGACCUUCUGGGCCUCGGGGACCCAAUGGCUUCCCUGGCCUCGGAGGUGAACCAGGCAAGGAGGGAACUCCAGGUGACCAAGGCUCACAAGGACCAAAUGGUCAACCCGGAGCCAGGGGGGAUCGAGGAGAGCCGGGAGAGCCUGGUGGUCUUGGUAUACCUGGGGGCCCGGGUCCCCAAGGACCUCUGGGACAAGAGGGCAAACAAGGAGAUCGUGGGACUACAGGUCCAGCAGGGGAAGAUGGGAUUCCCGGUCAACCAGGACCCCUUGGACUCAUAGGUCCCGCUGGUCUGCCGGGCGAUAAAGGGGAAAGUGGAGAACCGGGAGAGAUGGGCAUCAACGGACACAAAGGAUUCAAUGGACUGUUUGGGAUGAUGGGUCUGCCGGGUACUCCUGGAGAACCAGGACUGACUGGAGUGGAUGGCCUGACCGGACCACAGGGACUCGCUGGUAGCAACGGUAACCAUGGGAAUGACGGGCUGAACGGCCCCCUCGGGCCCAUAGGACCACCCGGACGGAGGGGACCAAACGGAGACACAGGACCCCCAGGUCCUCCUGGUACACCAGGGCGUCCUGGUCCUCCUGGUCCCCCUGGCCACGGCCUAAUAGUGGACCCAUUCCCAAUAGGGAAGGGAAAAGGCCAGGGCCCGGCAACAGGCUACCAAAAUAACGACCCCAACGCCAGUCCGAAGCUUAGUGUGGAGAUUGACACCAGCUUGGAUGCACUGAGCCAGAAGAUCCAGGAGAUCCGAAGGCCUGCCGGGACCCGGGAGAACCCAGCUCUCACAUGCCGGACGCUGCGCAGAUACCAGCCUGAGUGGAAGAGCGGGUCUUAUUGGGUCGACCCCAACCAGGGCUCUCCUCUUGAUGCCAUCAAGGUCUUCUGCAACAUGGAGAGUGGCGAGACCUGCGUCUACCCAUCCCAGGCCAGCAUUCCUCAGAAGAACUGGUACACAAGCAAGAACAAGGACAAGAAGCACGUCUGGUUCAGCGAGUCCAUGCCCGAGGGCUACCAGUUCCAGUAUGGAGAGAACGGUUCAGAUCCGGAAAGCGUGAACAUCCAGCUGAACUUCAUCCGCCUGCUGUCCAAGCGAGGCCACCAGAGCGUCACCUACCACUGCAAGAACAGCAUCGCCUACAUGGACCAGGCCUCCGGCAACCUGAAGAAGGCCCUGCUGCUGCAGGGAUCCAACGACAUCAGCCUGAGAGCCGAGGGCAACAGCCGCUUCCGCUACAAGGUCACAGAGGACGGAUGCACGUCACACACUGGCAGAUGGGGUAAAACCGUCAUCCACUACAAGACGAGCACAAUCUCCCACCUGCCUAUCAUUGACAUCGCUCCUAUGGACGUUGGUGCUCCAGAUCAGGAAUUCGGUGUGGAAGUUGGAGCAGCGUGUUUCUCAUGAAAUGGAGAAUUUUUGGAGAAAUUUGGAUGCAUUUAAGUUUAGCUUUCUUUUUCUAUUCCCCUUUUUUUUGUGGACCUUUUUCAGUUGUCGUGUCACCCAUGACUUGUGUUUUUGUCAGCUGAGCGAAAGAAAAUGUUUUGUCACUGGACACUGUAAAUCUUAAGCCCUAAGAGAUCAUAUUGAAAUAAAAGGUUACCAAGGUUACCGAGAAAUUCCUAUUAGCAUUUCAUUUUUUCUUGUUAUUGUUUGUUGUUUUGUCAAAUGCAGGAGAAACUAGCACAUGGGGUGUUUCAUUUUGUACAAAUAAAGAACAAUGAACGUUA